AUGAAGAACAAGAUUACAAACAAUGAAGGACAAGCAGCCAUAGGCUCAGUGGAAACUUUUGAUGAUCAAACUGGCCAAGAGAAGCUCAUUGAAGCAAACAAAAAGGUUGUGUUCCCCCAAGAUAGUGUUGAUUCAGACAAGGAAAGUCAGUCAAAAGUGGCAUUGUUUAUUACCAAAUUAAAUGCAUAUAAAGUUGCUAUCAGUGGAUUUCUUGUAUCUUUAAUAAUCAUAACAAUUAUAGUUAUAAUUUCACUAGUUGGAAGUAAAAGUGUCAAAGAACCUUCAAGGUAUGGUACAUAUGUAGCAGCACAGACUGGAUGUGGAAGAAUUGAAGGGUUAAUGGAAGAUAGUGCUUUCACAUUUCGAGGAAUCCCAUAUGCUAGACCACCUGUUGGAGAUCUGCGGUUUAGACAUGCGCAACCACUGGACGAUGUGAAGUACUGCUGGAAUGGUACUUUCUUAGCUCAUAACUCCAGCGAUGUUUGUCUUCAAGUACUCAGUAAUGGCACGAUAAUAGGUAAAGAAGAUUGCCUAACUCUGGAUGUUGUUACUCCUUAUGUGAGGUACGAUAAUCCCCUUCCAGUGAUUGUGUUAAUCGGUGCUGAUAGUCUAAUGGGCGGAUCUCCUAGUAAGCUCAGACCGUCUGCACGGUAUGCCAGAUCGAGAGAUGUAGUCUUUGUGAGACCUAACUUCAGGAUGGGAGCAUUGGGGUUUCUCGGUCUUGAAAUCCUUUCAGAAUCAGAUCGUUCCAGAACAUCGGGAAAUUAUGGUCUGAGCGAUAUUUUAGCUGCAUUAAAAUGGGUACAACUGAAUAUAGAACACUUUGGCGGUAACAAGAACUCAGUUACAAUAUUCGGUCAUCGAGCAGGAGCCACACUGGUUACAGCACUCACUACAAUUCCAGGUGCUAAUAAAUAUUUUGUACGAGCCUGGGCGGCGUCCGGCGGAGCUAUUUAUCCCAAGAAAGAGAUAAAGAAAUCACAGAAAGAAAAUCACAGCUUUCUAGAUUCUGUACAAUGCGAAGAUGUGAAUUGUUUGAGAACUGUUGAUGCUACGAAGCUUGUCGCUGCAGUAGAAGAUACUUGGAGGAAACCUCAGCCUGAUUUACCAUUAAUUGAUGAAGUUCCAGAAAAUAGGCAUGAAUGGUUGAUAUUGGAUGGUCGCAUAUUGAAAACAUAUCCCCACGAAGUAUGGAGUGCCAACGUUGAUAGACCCCUAAAUCUAAUUGUGGGAACCACAGCUCAUUCUGGAAGCUCAAAAAAACUGUUAAUGAAACAUACAGUUUGGACGAAAGAAAUGAUCAAACAACACAUAAUGGAAUCAUUUUUAUCGCAAUCGUCUCUUCUAGAAGAAGUUUUAAAAAUGUACCCUCUUACUUAUCAGGGUUUAAGUAAGAUGAUAUCAGAUAUAAGAAUCGUCUGUCCGCUGUUUGCUCUGUCUACUGAGAUGAGUAAAGUUCCGUUUUAUGUGGUCACACAGACAAGAUUAGAGCAGGAUCUCGCUGAUGUAGACUCGGACGUAGACGCGAUUUUAGGAAGAUAUGAACCGAGAACUCCCGAACAGCGACGAUACUUUUCUGCAGUACAAGGAUUGUUCUACCAUUAUGUUUGGAACGGUAAGAUGGAAGAUAAUCUUAUCGGAGAGAAGGUCUUGAUUGUUGAUCAGGAUGUUUUACCCAACAACACAUAUUCACAUUGCAACUACUGGAUUAAGAAGAAUAUAGUACCGAGAUAUGCCGCACUUGACUAA